AUGCGUACCUACGACGAUUCCUUCAGCGGUCAAAAGAUCUACCCGGGCAAGGGCAAGCUCUACAUCCGUGGUGACAGCAAGAUCUUCCGUUUCCAGAACGGAAAGUCCGAGUCCCUGUUCCUCCAGCGCAAGAACCCUCGCAAGAUUCACUGGACCACUCUCUACCGAAGGGCGCACAAGAAGGGUAUCUCUGAGCAGACUAUGACAUCAGUCUACACUGCGGACAGGCUUGACAAACACGCAUUCUCAGCGGCCAUCUCCUCUCAAUUCCAUCUCGAGGCGCACUCGCUAACCACCUUCGCCCAACAGGAAGUCGCCAAGAAGCGCACCCGCCGCACAGUCAAGCACCAGCGUGCCAUCGUCGGUGCUUCGCUCGACGUGAUCAAGGAGCGCCGCAGCCAACGUCCCGAGGCUCGUUCCGCUGCCCGCGCCGCCGCCGUCAAGGAGGGCAAGGAGAAGAAGGCCGCCGCCGAGUCAGCAAAGAAGGCUGAGAAGGCCAAGAACGCCGCCGCAUCCGCACGAGGCAACGCCGCCAAGGUCAGCAAGCAGGGUGCCAAGGGUGCCGCACCAAAGGUGCAGGCAAGGACUCGUUAA